GUGGAGUUCGUAGUCCUUAUCGGGUCCUGAUUCCUCCGGGCUCCCACCACAGACAAGUCGCUUCGCGUUAUCCGAGUUAACCACUGCAGCGAGGCACUUUGCUGGCCGGCGGUCAGAUUCACAUCGAAGAAGGACGGGAAGCGGAACCAUGGAUCUGAGUUCAGGGAUUCAAAAAGUCUCAAUUACCCAUCAGCCGUCAGGAAGAGGUGCACCUUGUUUGAAAUGCAGAGAAAAGUGUGCUGGUUUUGAACCACAUUCUUGGAGGAAAAUAUGCAAGUCAUGCAAAUGCAGCCAGGAAGAUCACAGCCUGAGCUCUGACACAGAAGAUGAUCGGAAAAUUGGCCGCUUGCUUGCUGAUUCGAAAUACUCUUCACUAACUGCUCGGGUAAAAGGAGGCGACGGAAUCCGCAUCUAUAAAAGGAACCGCAUGAUUAUCACUAAUCCUAUAGUAUCUCGGAAAGAUCCAACUUUUGACACCGUUACAUAUGAAUGGGCUCCACCUGGAUUGACUCAGAAACUGGCUACCCAGUAUAUGAGUUUGAUUUCAAAAGAAAUGCAACCAGUGGCUGGCACAGAAGGUGCUUAUUAUCGUCGUAGAAGGUUGAUGAGGCAGCUGCCUCUUUACGACCAGGACCCUUCCCAAUGUCGGGGCCUUUCGGAGAAUGAAAUCAAGCUGAUGGAAGACUUUAUAAAGCAAUAUAAAGACAAUGUCCUUGGUGUUGGAGAAGUUGCACUGCUAGGUCAAGGGGGAGCUACCAAAGAGGAAGGGAAGCAGUCAGAUAAAAACAUUCCUGCGAGUCAGGAAGCAGCUUCAACCAAUGGCACAUUGGGCCAUCUGUCCAAAGGGCAGGACUUGCGCUGUGACUUCUGCAAGGAGGUGCUACCAGCUGACUAUCCUGUAGUGUACGCAGACCGAGCAGGCUACGAUCACCAGUGGCAUCCGGCAUGCUUUGUGUGCUCUAAGUGCUCUGAACCGCUUGUUGACUUGAUCUACUUCUGGAACAAUGGGGCCAUCCGGUGUGGACGCCAUUACUGUGAUAGCAUAAGGCCACGCUGUACAGCUUGCGAUGAGAUAAUAUUUUCUGAUGACUACCAACAAACUGAAGGCCUUACUUGGCACAAGCAACAUUUCACCUGCCUGGAAUGUGAGACCUUGCUGGCUGGCAAACCGUUCGUCCUGGAUGCAGCCAGCCUGCUGUGUACCCCUUGUAGUAAAAACAAGCUCCCUUAAACAGGAGCAUUAUUUCGGUGCCUGAUGUUUUUGUGUGUUCUGACUCGGAACAGACUCAUUGGGACAAACAUGAUGGGGAGGGUUUAAGCCAAAGAAGUUGCAUCCUGAGGAUUUAGACCACUAAAGUUAUUUCAAUCAAGUAAUUACAGGAAAUGAGAUGGGAAAUGGUAAUGCAGUACGUGAAGAAUAGAGGAAUCGAACGUUCUAGGCCUUUCAGGAAGAACUUUAAACAACCACAUGUACUGAAAACUAGGCGCCAUUAUGUUAAAUUAUUUCAAGUUUGGCAUAUUACAAAAACGACUUCUUCAGGAGGU